GAGGCCAGUCUGGUCUGGCCUUAACGUCGAAGGGUCUGUAUAACCGUUUCAGAGUCGAUGCGGAGCUGGUCGUGGCGCGAUAUAUUCCGCGAUCGACUUGUUCGAAAACUAUCGUGAAUACAGUGCGAGAUAUACUUGCAGGAUUUUAUUUGUGUUUUUUUCUUGAGGUUUGUAAUGAUAGAGCUGUGUAGUGAUCCAUGGAAGGGAUUAAGAACUAUGUGAGCCAUCAGCGCUAGAUAAAAGUCUAUGGCCAGACCCCCUCCCGCAGCCCAAAACGACAUCCACCCCGACAUGUGGGAUGUUUUGGACGCUGCCACUGACUGCGAUUGUCCCGGGCCGCCUCCCGAAUUUCUACUACCGCCCCCUCCGAGGCCCCCCGUUCUUCAGCCGGCCGACCCCCUUUUUUGUGCUGAAGACGUGAUGACCAUGGAGACCUGCGACGCUCUACCGCUUAUAGAUGCCAGUUAUCGAAGUAGUCCUUCUUCCCAGACCUUGGCUGUGAUAGUGUUUUGUUCAGUGCUUCUUGGACUACUAGUGUUUAUAGCGAUCAUUUUAGUUUGGAAACAUAAAAGAGUACAAAAUCUUCUGCCCUGCAAAAAUUCACCACAGAAUAACCGUGACGUUACUGCCACAGCAGCAUUAUACGAAGACUUGAAUGAUGUCAUGCCUAGACGUAACAUUGUUACCCCUGUACAUCAUCAUCACCAUCAACUCACAGGUGGACAUAUAGUGGCACCUUCUAUUGAGAUGAUCGACGUUAAGAACAACAUCCACUACCCCAGCGGUUACCCUAUUUCUCAAAAUCCACCAGUAUUUCUUUGCUCGUCCCCUGGUCCCGACCCAUACUGCUCACAGGACCUCUACAACCCUGUUUACGAAGAAUUAAGCGAUCCAGAAACCGACAUCGACCACCCAAGCGAAGACGAGUUUGCUGAGGAUGAACUAAGUCUUGGUGAUACGGAUCGUAGGAGGUUAAACAUACCACCACCACCUUACAGGCAUUGUUUGAGUACUACUAGACGAGAGGUACCUCGGUUUAGAAGACCUCACGAACCUUUACCUCCUUUACCAAACAAUAAAAAUAGAAACAGGAGUUUGGAGAGGAGAAAACAGGAGUUCCAUGAAGGAAUGUUGCUAGAUGCUUUAUUGCAGCUCUAUCCUAGGGUUGGAAGCGUUGAACCUCCGCCCCCAAGAAGGCAAAUACCUAGUAUAGCCCAAAGAAUACAGUGUAUGGGUCAAACACCAAACCCAUAUGAGACAGUUCCAGUUAUAAGUCAUCUAGCUACCUUUAGGCCUGUUCCCAAGCCGUAUUCCCAGGACUCUGCCUUGGGUUCGGACUCGGGGUACAGUAAUCACACCAGUGGGACUAGCAGGGGUUCAAAUAGAGGGCGUAGGGAUCUUAGGAGACUGUCUCAAAUCAGUGCUGACCUGGCAUUGACGUAAUAUUAGUGCUUUGGUUAGUGAUUGGACGUUUUAAUUGCAAUAAUCGAUACCAAAUCAUGUAUGUAGUUAUGGGUUCUUCGACUGUACAUAUUAUGGUUGCGAACAAGAGAUAAAAUUUAGGUUGGAGUCAUUAGUUAUAAUACAGAAAAUUAAACAAUUUAUUUGGAAUAUAUCAAAAUAAUUGAACCUCGAUGAAUUAAAAAUCGAUCAAAAACAGGGAUUGGGGAAAUCAAUUUUCUUGUACAACCAAGACAUUUAACCCUGUAAAUGUUUAUAUAUUCUAAAAUUUGCUAUAAAUUCUUAAAUUUUCCAAAUUGUAAGGCCCUAAAAACAAAUUAAAUAAAAGCCAAAAACAAUGUUUUGACUUUUAUAAUAUUUAGACUCAACAUGCAGGGUGGACGAUAUUGACUUUCCCGCAUGGAGAAAGUCAAUAUCGUCGUUGGUGACAAAGAUAUGAAAGAAAAGUUAUCUAUAAAUGUUGCAUGGUUUUAUAAAAUGCAUUUCCUAAAAUAUUAUUUUAUACAGGGUGUCCAAAAAAAGUAAUGAUAAAAUUGUAAGAUUUUUAAACUGUAACCCCCAUUUCCCUGUACACAAUUGGAUGUAGAUUAUGUGGUGUUACCAUAUUAUUUCUUAUUUACUGAAAAAUUGGUAAUUUUGAUUCGAAAAUUCAAUUUUCUUGUGUGACCGAGCAUUCAAGCCUCUCUCAUCUGAUCUUUCUAGUGAUGGGAUAACUCGAGCGAAAAUUCGCUCGAGUACUCGAUUAUUGAAAUAGCCGACAUCGCUCGAUUAUGAACGAGUGAUGCAACUCCUCACUUACGAGAACACAAGCAAUCCUAGAAUGAGUACUCGAUUAUUGAAAUUAAUCGGUUUUCCCAUCACUAGAUCUUUCGGUCUCGCUCAACUGAUUAAUGAAGAUAAGAAAAUUAUUUUGAUCUAUUGUACAUUGUACUUUAAAUUGUCUAAUUUUCUAAAUACAUCUGUUCUAUUUGCCUCUCCUCUUAGGGAUAUAUUCUCUCCAUUAUUUUUUUAGAAACUAUAGUAAUUAUGUCCGAUACAUAUGUGAUAUUAACGAAAUGGACAGUAUAUCUACUACUAGUCUCAAUAAUUUUACUGAAUACUGGUAUCAACGUGAAAUAUUAAAGCAAUAUCAGCAUAGCCAUUAGAUAGUAUUAUAAAAACAUAUUUAUAAUAAAUCCUUUAACAGUACGUAUUUCCUGUAACGUAUCAUCGACAACUAAUUUCCUUGAUUAAAUCCCCAUACUCACUAUUCUCUGAUUUAAGCCCAGAGCCCAUGGUGCGUCUAUUUUGAGACAAAAGUUGCAAACUAGUUUACAAUUAGGUUCCAACUAAAAUGAAACUCCUGCACGCACACGGAUGCAAGUCAUUCUGAAUCAGUUUUAAUCAUUUGGUGAUGUAGCAGUUCAAUUAAAAAAAUACUAUAUCAAAUUCCGAAUAUUGAGAAUCAGGUGAUGAAGACUUCAUUAAUUGAGCAACUUUAAAAUUGCAACGCAACUGCGACCGCGGAAAAUAGUCACGAACAACACAUUUGUGACUGAUUGCAAACUAUUGUAGUUGCAUUCGAAUCGAUUCGUGUGCGGCUUCACACUACUAUACGUUACCGAGGUUGCCAAAUAGUUGUAAGCUCAACCAAUUUGCAAAUUUUGUCACAAAAUCGUCGCACUAUAAGGCUAGUUUGUCGAAGCGAAUAAUGAGUAUGAGGCUUAAGUCAUCUGAAAUAAGACAUUGCUGUUAAAGGUUUUUUUCUAUACUUCAAAAGAUCACUCAUCACUCAUACACAACUAUCUACAAUAAGAAAAUAUUUCUUUUUUCCAACCUAUUUUACAUUUAUAAUAAGAAAGAAAUCAUUCCAAAUCUUAAGAUACUCUGUAAAUAUUAGUUAUUUAACUAUGGUCAGUUGUUUAAUAAACCAACUGUACACUCUAUGCCUUUAUAUAUGCGUUUUUGUAAAGAAUAAAACAUUUUCUCCUGUAUCAUAAUAUUGUAUAAUGUACAUUGAACUUUGUUAUUUAUUUUAUAUAUAUCAUACCGUAGUAUUUAGUAUGAAGAAAUCUUUUUAUAUAGAACUAAAGACACCUUCCACACGAGUAGCUGAAAUUUUAAUAAUUUUUAUUUCAUAUUAUACAAUGAGCUUCAAAAAAGUCUCCCUACAUCUGCUUGUUCUUUUCUUUUUAGUUUUUUAGGUAUUUCUAUUACUUUAAUAUAUGAAAUAUUGUUUCAUGAUAUAUAUAUCUUUGUCACUAUGUACAUACAGUGUCAUUCAUAGAAGCCAUAAUAAAAGAAGUUAAAUUAAGUAAAUGUAAAUGCAUGAACUACGAACGACACUGUAUAUUUUUCCAAAGCCAAGAAAUAUAAAAUCCUUUUUAUAUGCAUAUAAGUAGUUACCUCAGCUGAAAUAGAAUAGAUUUUGGAGUAAAUUAGUUACCAAACUUUAUAACAAAAAACAUAAAGAAAAACGUUUCAAAACAUAAACAAUAAGCUGUUUUGAAUCCAAUUUUCUUUAUUGUUUUUUUUUAAUAAUCACUACGGCCUACAUUUUCAGUAUUUUCACAUAAAAGUAUACACAUAUAGCCUAAUCAAAUCUUAUUUGAAAUAAGCAAUAUUCCUGUUAAUAUGGAAAAAAUUGUAGCAGUAUGUAAAAGGUAGUGAAAAAUCGGUAUAAUUUUAUAUCUCAAUAAACAGGGUCACUUAUAAAACGCACAUUUGUUUUUAAAAUAUCGUAUAGGGUGUUCGCGAUUUGUAUUUUUUGUUAACUAGUCCGACUUGUAUAUAAAAAUCAGUUCUAUUUUAAUUUUA